UUUUGAUUAUUCUAUUUGAAUAAAGAAUUAUUCUAAUAUCAAUCUCCCAUUGAACAAUGAUUUAUCCACUUUUUUCCAGACUCAUUUCUGUAUAUUUUUGUUCAAUAUGUCAUCACUGCUAGGCUUGCAGGCUUAUGGUAGUGAUGAGGACAUGAGUGGAGAUGAGGUUAAUGAACCUGAAAAAUCAUCAGUUGAUCAAGAGACACCUCAGCACCUAUUGCCUCUACCCAGUAACUCUCUUCUCAGUAAAAGAGUAGAAAUAGCACCCGUUGCAAUACCUACUAAUAAUUUGGAUGACCGGCUGCACAUAGACCCUCUGACCAAAGAGCUCUCCUACAAUCCUCGGUACGAUGUCCUGGCCGCCCCUGUGCUUGGUCCUGAGCUGCCUAAUCAAUCUGCCUUCCACAAGAUGAAGCGCAACAUGCUUUCUGGCUUUGCUGAGGCUGCUCAUGUCUCUGAUUUUGAGUUUGAGAAAGAACGAAGGACCUUCACUUCUUAUGGUUAUGCUGUGGAUCCUUCCAUAUCAAGUGAUCCUGGAGAAGGGCUGAAGAUGGUCGGCGACACAGCAGCUGCUCGCAAGUCUGACAAUGUUUCUGUGUUUGAAUCCAAAAAGCGAUAUACCACUGAAACAAAGAGGAAGAGAGAUUCAAAUUCUGACCCCACAGACAUUGAUGGCUUCAAAGGACCUUGGGCCAAGUAUGAAAACGAAAAAACAGUGAUGUGCCCAAGCGAGGAGGAGAAAAUUCAACUUGAUGAAAUUCUAGCCAAACGUCAGAAGCGCGGCAAGCAGACUGAUGAUAAAAUCGAGGAAGAAAAGACUUUACUUCAUCUCAGAACUGCCUCUGAUUAUCAAGGACGGUCAUUUUUGCAUGUGCCUCAAGAUGUUGGAGUCAAUCUCAAGUCAGACGAACCUCCUGCCAAAUGCUUCAUGCCCAAGAAGCUUAUCCAUACGUGGAAGGGACAUAAUAAAGGUGUUUCCGCCAUCCGAUGGUUCCCUAAAUCUGCUCAUCUUCUCUUGUCGUGCUCUAUGGAUACGAAAGUCAAGAUAUGGGAAGUUUACAACGAGAGAAGGUGCAUCCGCACCUACAUGGGUCACAAGCAAGCCGUGCGAGACGUCUCUUUCGACAACGAUGGCAAGAGGUUCCUGUCAUGUGGGUAUGAUCGCUACAUUAAACUGUGGGACACUGAGACUGGCGAAUGUAUUUCACGUUUUACAAACAGAAAAGUUCCGUAUUGCGUCAAGUUUCAUCCGGAUGAAGACAAGCAAGACUUGUUUGUUGCUGGAACUUCAGACAAGAAAAUUGUUUGUUGGGAUAUAAGAACGGGGGAAAUAGUUCAGGAGUACGACCGUCAUCUUGGUGCGGUAAACACCAUCACAUUUGUUGAUGAAAAUCGUCGUUUCGUAUCCACUUCAGACGACAAAAGUUUGAGAGUGUGGGAGUGGGAUAUUCCAGUCGACUUCAAAUACAUUGCAGAUCCCACGAUGCACUCCAUGCCCGCAGUAACGCAGAGCCCCAACAAGAAGUGGCUCGCGUGUCAGAGCAUGGACAACAAAAUCGUAAUAUUCUCGUCGCUGGAUCGCUUCAAACUGAACCGCAAGAAGACGUUCACGGGUCACAUGGUCGCUGGGUAUGCCUGCAACCUGGACUUCUCUCCCGACAUGAGCUACCUCAUCUCAGGAGACGCCGACGGCCGAGCUUACGUGUGGGACUGGAAGACCACGAAGCUGUACCAGAAGUGGAAGGCACAUGACGAUGUCUGUAUCGGCAUCUUGUGGCAUCCUCACGAGACGAGCAAAAUCGCCACAGCUGGUUGGGACGGUCUCAUCAAGUACUGGGAUUAACUUAUUUGUAACAACUCCGACGCUAAUAACGCUAAAUUCAUCCCGAUAUCUUAAAUCAUUUCAACAUUAAAAAUUUUAGCAAUUUUGCUUAUAAUCAUGCUGAUUAGCUGGGGAUGUUCGUGUGAUGUGCCGUGUUAUUUAAUAAAUGACAUCUUUCUGUGCAUCCUCCAGCGAUUUACUGAUGUCUCCUCCUCAGAUGCUAAUAUCGCACAUAACACACGUGGAACCACCUAUGAGAACACUUAGGCCAUUUGAUGUGUGUGAAUGCCACACUUUUUAUUUGAAAGUAUAAGAAUGAAGUCGGCUCGUCAUCAUUAGACAAGAAAAUUGCUUUAUCUAUGGAGUCGUAUGUUUGUUUGCCACCGAAACUCUUUCUACAUCUUAUUUAAUUAUACAGGGUUCUAUUGGAUCUUUAAUUCUAUUAAACUGAAAUUUUA